AUGUCAGCCGCAAUGAAGGAAGCGUUCUGUCUUUUUGACAGAGAUGCAGAUGGUUUGAUUCACGCAAGGGAUAUUCCCACAGUAAUUCGUUCUCUUGGUGUCCACGUGUCUGAUACGGAUCUCAAUUCGAUGCUCAAUGGGAAGGAAGAAAUGAUGUUUUCAUAUGAUGCCUUCGUUCAGCUUGCAGGAGGCAGAUGUUCCUCUACAGAUCAAGUAGCUGAACUAACCAAAGCGCUCAAAACUUUUGAUCGCGAUAAUAAUGGAACAAUUUCAGCAGGUGAACUCAAACACGUUCUUUUGAAUCUUGGCGAGAAGCUCAACGAGGCAGAUGUGGAAGAAUUAUUGAGGGCAGCAGAUCCUCAAAACACUGGAAACAUCCGCUAUGGAGAGUUUGCUGUGCUUCUGUCUGGCAAGUCAAACUAG